UCUGUGGUUAGAGCUCAUUCGAGGGGGAGGAUUUUGCGUGUUAGAAAAUGAAAGUAUUCGUUUAGGUGAAUUGAUUAUUAAAGCUGUUUCAGUAGCUUAGCAGCAGCUACACUCCCUCUCUGAUACCAUUUGCGGAGGCAGCGGUUCCACGACUGCUGUCACAUACACUGACCUAGCCUACAUGUGUUGGUCGGUGUCGGGAUUUGUUUUGCUACAUAGCUAGUUAGCUCUCGGCUAGUGAGCUAGCUAGCCGGCUCUGUCACAGCUAGCAGUGCUAAUGUAAAGAAAGCAUCGCUGUCAACUCGGAGUAACAUCCUGCUUCAGAAAUCAUUGUAAAUCAGAUGACUAGCAAGUGCUUCUUCCCCCGGGACUCGUGACAGUUCAUCUGUCACAAUGUAUCCGUGGUCGGUUGUACCAAGUAACGGACAGCGUGACAGCGAGCUAGCCCACCUGAGUUGCGUAUAGCUCACCGUGUCAACCGUCAACAUUUCAAGCAGCGGACAGUGUGAAGCCAGGGUUUGGACAAGCUAACCGGACAACCGGGCUAGCUAGGAUAACGUUAUCUAGCAUCAACGGUUAGCGACGGGAUAACGUUUCCAACGACAAUGGCUAACGUUACAGACCUGCAAACAAAAUACAGCAAGCUGGCUCAGGAGUACUCAAAGCUCCGUGCCCAGAAUCAGGUGUUGAAGAAGGGAGUCGUGGAUGAACAGGCCAACUCUGCCUCCCUAAAGGAGCAGCUGAAGCAGAGGGACCAGAGCCUGAGGAAGCAGGAGCAGGAGAUGGACAGUCUUAGCUUCAGGAACCAACAGCUGGCCAAGAGAGUGGAGCUGCUGCAAGAGGAGCUAGCUGUUAGUGAAGCCAAGGGCAAAAAGGGGAAGACUAAAGUGGAUUCUCCCUCACAGCAUGGCCUGCAGACCCAGAGUGUUUUUGAUGAGGACCUGCAGAAAAAGAUAGAAGAGAAUGAGCGACUUCAUAUCCAAUUCUACGAAGCAGAUGAGCAGCACAGGAGGCAGGAGGCCGAGCUGAGGGCACGACUUGAGGAGCUGGAGAAAGACUCCGAGCAGCACCAGGCUGUUGUGGAUGGACUCACCACUAAGUACAUGGAAACGAUUGAGCGGCUGCAGAGCGACAAGGCACGCUUAGAGGUGAAAGCACAGACUCUGGAGAGGGAAGCAAAAGAGUGCAGAAUGCGAACAGAGGAGUGUCAGCAGCAGUUGAGGCGGUGUCAGUCAGAGCUGAACAGACAAGUGAAACAAAGCAGCAGUGUAAUCCAGGAGAAAGUGCCCUUCAAUGACACCAAAUUUAGUGACUACAACAGCCUGAAUGUACCACCACACAAUCGAAGGCACCAGCUUAAGGCCCGGGACGUGGCAGGUCAGGCUCUGAGCUUUAUUCAGGAUUUGGUUGCUGCUCUGUUGAACUUCCACUCCUACACAGAGCAGAGAGUCCACAUCUAUCCCCGGGACUCCUCCAUUGAGCCCAUCUCCCCUCUUAACCAGAAGUUCUCUCAGUACCUUCAUGAGAAUGCAGCCUAUGUGCGCCCCCUGGAGGACAGCUUUUUGCAGUUACACCAAAGCAUCACAGAGGACACGGUCACAGUGCUGGAGACUGUGGUCAAGCUGAAGAGCUUUGCUGAUAAUUUCUCCUCAUACACUCACUUUCUGCAAAAGAUUCUUCCCUACCAGCUGAAAAGCUUGGAAGAAGAGUGUGAGGCGACUCUUUGUACUGCUGCCCUUACUGCGAAAAACCAGGAGCUGCAGAGUGACAUGAAGAGAGUAACUUCUGUGUUUGAGAAACUGCAGAACUACAUUAACCUUUUGGCCUUACCCAGUGUUCGGCAGGAUGCCAUGCCACAGAGCAGCACCUCAGCUGUCUUCACCCAGCUGGCUGCCUGCCUACAUAGUCUUCACGAUGCCGUUAAAGAGAUGUCAAAGCACUACAACCAGAAGGCUGGCUUAGAGCAGGAGCUGCCCACCAUCACCCAGAAGCUCUGUACCACCACAGAGUGCCUGCUGGGAUCUCUGGGCUCGCUCACCAGCAGCACUGGCAAGAUUGCUACUUUCUUCAGCAACAACUUGGACUUCUUCACAUCCUCAGGCUACAGUCCAAGAGGCGGCGCAGUCGCCCUCAACCCCUUGCAAGCAGAGAGUAUGCUGGCCAACAAAAAGAAAGCAGCCGCCUAUAUCCAUGCCAUCAAAAAGCCCAGGCCACAGUCUGUUCCAUACAGAGAAGCCCUGUCCAACCGUCGUAUACUAACCAGUUCCACUGAGAGCAGGGAGGGACUUACGCAACAGGUGCAGCAGAGCCAGGAGAAGAUCGCUCGGCUGGAGCAGGAGAAGGAGCACUGGCUCCUGGAGGCCCAGCUGGGGAAGGUGCGGUUGGAAAAGGAGAACCAGCGCAUUGCGGACCUGGAAGCGCAGCUUGCGGCAGCUCUAGGGGGAAGUCCGAGCUUGCAAACAGCUGCAGCCGGCACACUCGCACAGAACCAUGAGGAAGCGGACGCAGAGCAGAAAACUGCAGGGAAAGAGACUACUUUGUGCACCAGCCUGGUUGGCAUGUUGUGCACCACACCUACAGUUGAACAUGUGGGAGACGAGGAGUCUAGGGAGCAGCUGAUAAAGACUCACUACAUGACCAGAGUAGGAGAACUCACCACCCAGCUCCAGAUUUCAGACAGCAAAGCUGUGCACUUUCACUCUGAGUGUCGAGCUUUGGCCAAGAGAUUAGCCAUUGCAGAAAAAUCACGGGAGACCCUGAGUGAGGAGGUCAAACUGGCCAAUCAGAACAUCACACGUUUGCAGGAUGAGCUGGCUACCACUAAGAGGAGCUACGAGGACCAGCUCAGCAUGAUGAGCGACCACCUGUGUAGCAUGAAUGAGACUUUGAGCAAGCAGAGAGAGGAAAUCGACACGCUUAAACUUGGCAGCAAGGGGAAUGCCAAAAAGAACAAAGGUCGCUAGAGCUGCCCUGAAAACACUGGCUCCAUUUGGCAUCACAAAGGGCACCUUCAGAGAUGAGCUGGACUGUGGAGCCUCCCAGCAGCGUCCUGGUACCAACACUACCACUGUCACCAAACCACAGGAUGGCUACAUGAGCCUCAGAUUCCUCCCCUGACAGACAGUGGCAGUACAAAUGAACCGCAUGGAGGCUGUAACAUGUUUGUCUGAAGAAGCUUCUUUUUUACCCCCUUUUCCUUGUCACAGCACCAGUUAAUGAUUAAUAUGAUUUGCUAAAAAUGCUUUCUGAAACUGUCGCGGAAGCUGCUGCUUGACCUUUUGGUCCAAGCUGGGUGGGAGAGAAACAACUUUUCCCUCAAAAGGGACAGAGGAAGAUAAACAGCUGACGACAGUUGAAGUUGGUAAAACUCACUGAAGUCAAGACUUGAAGACCAAACCCUGUUGAUCAGUGUGUGUACUUUUCCUGCUUAGCAUACAUGUGAGAGAAAAUGAAGCUGCAUUCUCACUGCUUAUCUGUGGGAGCAGGUGAACAGAGCAAAUGUUGGUGUGGCUGUAUGUGUACAGAGUGUUGUGUCAUUGUGUGACUUUGGCACCAGGCUUUACAACAUGCGUGUAUUGUUUUACGCUUGAAGUUUUUUUUUAGUUUUUUUUUUAGGUCAAAUUUGAUAUUAUUUGUGCAAGUGGUUCCAAGGGGCCUGUAUGUCUACAUACAGCAUAACACCACUUUUAACACAUGCAUAUAUCACAAGCUUCUGUAAUGAAGGGCUUUAAAACCUGAAUGAACAACUAACAAAGACACACUUGAAUUCAUUCCUCAUUUUGGAAAAUUUUCAAUCCUCUGGGAGUGGAGAAAAGAAAGGAAAAGAAAUCUGCCUUGAAGCACUGAUUAACUGUGUUCGCCAAGACAAAAAGGGUAGGAUGGACAAGUCGGAGCUCGUAGAAUGGUGUCAGUCUGUCUCUGUGAAGUUACUCUGUAACAAGUCCUUUUUAUCACCAAAGUAAUUGUGGAUGUGCACUUGUGUGGCACACAAGUCUCUAAAUUCUUGUUGUAAUAUGUAUGGAUAAAAAGGGUUAAUAUGAAUAUACACUCAUUUCAAAUCAUGAUGUAAUUGUACUAUAUAAUUUCUAAAAAAAAAUAUAUAUAUACAAAAAGGCAUUUAUUUAGAGGUUACAAAUCUUUAUUUUCCACAAAAUUUGGAAAACUGAAUCUGCAGCUAGUUUUUUUGUGUCUCGUAUAAGACCAGAUUCCUGGGAGAUGUCAUAGAGGGGUUGGCACAUACUGUAACUGGUGCUUAGACAACCUGAUUCAUUAGUCAUGACAGAGCACAGUUAAAGUUUACAGUAAAAUAGAACCUCUCUGGCUAGUAGUGACACGAAUAACUGAAAGAAAAGCCUAGAAGUGAUUGUGAGCAUUUAAACAUCCUGUUUUCCAGUAUACACCUGCCAGCAAACCUUUGAUCACAAGGAUUUGCCAACGCCCCCUGAACUGAUAAAAAAAAUACUUGUAUUCUCACAGUGUAACCUGUUCAAAAGCACAUAUAAAUAUGUGAAACAAAAUAAAGAGCUUGCUCAACACUUAAA